GGGGCCUGACGUCUGAGCAUCAUCAUCAGUCAUUUGUGUUUUACACAGAAGUGCAGAGCCAUUUUAGCUCUAUAUCUGUCCCUCGGUACAACGAACAGAUUCCUCCUCUCUGUGUUGUCUCCCAGAGGGACAAGGGACGGACUGGGAAUUGUCCCCUACUGCUCCCUGUAACUCCCUGCAACUCCCUGACAUUCCCAUCCCCUGUACUCACAUCUCCAGCCUCAUCUACUGGAGAAAAUCAGAGAAAAAAGAAUACCUGAUCCCAAUGGAUAACUCUGUGGUUCCAGUUGUUGAUGGGGAUUUCCCAGAGGAUGAAGCAGAAAUAUUACAGAUAAAGAUAAAGGAAGAAGAAUCAGAUGUUGAAGAUCCCCUGCUGUCAAAAGCAAGCUCAUCAUUUAGUGAUGGGGAAUUACAGAUAAAAACAGAAAAAGAAGAGCCAGACUCGGAAGAUCCUUUAUACCCCACAGGAAGCUCCGAGGUUCCACUUAGUGAUGGGGGAUUUGUGGAGGUUAAGAUAGAAAGUUUAGUGAAUGAAGAACUGGAUUCUGAAGAUCAACUGAAUGAAAUUAAGAACUCUGUACUUACUGGUGAAGAGAACUUCUUUAAAGAUGAGGAGAGUCAUGUCUCUGAAACCGCCAUACAGUCAAAACAGUCCCCAGAAACGAGUGAUUUCUCUCAGACACAGGAUGCCACCCUGGAGACAUCACAGCCAAGGAACCCAAUGUUCCUCAAAGGAGAGGAACCAUAUCAGGAGCAGUUGAGUACAAUUGUACAUCUGCUUGGUCAUCAACACAGAAAGGAAAAAAUAGAACAUAAAUACACAGAGUGUGGCAGGAAGAACUUAAGAAAGAGUCGCUUUGGCUCACAUUGGAAAAGUCCCGUUGGGAGAAACCUUUCCCUUGCAUGGAAAGUGGGAAAAAAAUCUUCAAAAGGAAAUAUCAGUCUCCUAAAUCAGAAAAUCCACUCAACUAAGAAACCUUUCACUUGUACUGAAUGCUGGAAGACAUUUUCUUUUCAGAGCCACCUUCUCAUGCACCAGAAACUUCACACAGGGGAGAAACCCUUUACCUGUACAGAAUGUGGGAAAAGUUUCUCUCAAAAGGGCCACCUUUACAGGCACCAAAUGGUGCACACAGGGGAGAAACCGUUCUCAUGUACAGAAUGCGGAAAGACAUUUUCUGAUCAGAGCAAUCUUUCUGCACACCAGAAACGCCACACAGGGGUGAAACCAUUCACUUGUACACAAUGCGGGAAAAGUUUCUAUACUAAAGGCGGCUUUUCUAGGCACCAGGAAGUGCACACGGAGGAGAAGCAAUUCUAUUGUGCCGAAUGUGGGAAAACAUUUGCUCACAAGAGCAACUUUAAGACUCACAUAAAGAUCCACACUGUGAAGAAAUCGUUUGCUUGUUCUGAAUGUGGCAAAAUGUUUGCUAAAAAAGCCGUCCUUGGGAGACACAUGGAAAUCCACAAGCCAAGGAAACCAUACCCUUGUGCCGAAUGUGGGAAAACAUUUACUCUUGAGUUCUCUCUUCUCGCACACCAAAAGCUCCACACAGGGGAGAGUCCAUACUCCUGUACGGAAUGUGGGAAAAUAUUCACUUCCAAGCACUCUCUUCUCUCACACUGUAAACGCCACACUGGGGAGAAAAAUUUCACUUGUAUACAAUGUGGCAAAGCAUUUACUUGGAAAAGUACCCUUCAGGCGCACUACAGGACACACUCAGAGAAAAAACCAUUAACUUGCUCGGAAUGUGGGAAAGUAUUUGUGCAUGAGCGCAGCCUGAACGCCCAUUAUAAAAUGCACACAGGGGAGAAACCAUUCACUUGCACGGAAUGUGGGAAAGUAUUCCCUUAUAAGGGCAGCCUGAAGGCACAUUCCAAAAUCCACACUGGGGAGAAACCAUUCACUUGCAUGGAAUGCGGAAAAACAUUCUCUCAGAAAACUGCACUUUUGUCACACUGCAAAACUCACACAAGGGAAACAAAUUUUUCUUGUGCAGAAUGUGGGAAAAGCUUCUUGCACAAGUACAGACUUACCUUACACAAAAAAAUCCACGACAGGGGGAAACUGCUCUCUUGUACACAAUGUGGGGAAAGGUUUUCUGAAACGAGUCAGCUUAGCCUUCACUGGGAAAUCCACAUGGGGGAGCUCUUCUGAGAUGCAGAAUGUGCAGCCAAGAGAGUUUUUCGAUUUUCUACCCAAAAUAGCUCACAAUAGGAGUUCUGCAUGUAGUCCUUGAGAACGAGAGGGAGAAGUCUCCCAGAAGACACAGCUUUGGUCAAACUAGAAAUCCAUGCAGGAAAAGUCAUUACCCUUUUUAAAUUUUGGGCUGAAUUCUUACAAUGGGUGAGCCACUCCAGUAACUCCUGCGUAUAGCUCAGUGUUCCAGAGAAUUGUUUUUUUGCUCAUGUAUUUAUCAACAUGUGACAUGCUCAAGCCCAUAAAGAAAAUGUCCAAAAUG